GGUGUUUGGUUAAUAUUUGCGCAAGGGGGAGUCUUUUACUUCUGCAACAAUGAUCUGCGUCCUGCCUGGGUUGUACCUCGGCAGCGCUAGUGAUGCUGCUGAUCUGCAGAGAUUGCAAGAGGCCGGUAUCACUCAUGUGCUGACGGUGGACAGUGAAGUACCAACUGGGCUGGAUGGGUUCAUUACAAAGUUUGUUCAUAUACUGGAUGACGCCAGCCAAGACCUCCUAAGUUGUUUACCUGCAUGUACAGACUUCUUGAAAGAGGCUUUGGGGAAAUGUGGUCGAUCUGUACUUGUUCACUGUCAUGCCGGGGUGAGCCGAAGUGCCGCAGUAAUUGCAGCUUAUUUGAUGCACACCUCCAAUCUUUCCUUGGAAGAUGCUUGCUCAAGGCUACAGGCUCUGAAGUCGGACAUCCGUAUGAAUGAGGAGUUUCUUGGCCAAUUAUCUCUGUAUGAAACAAUGGGCUGUGAUGUGGACAUGACGUGUGCAAGCUACAAACAGUAUCGCCUGCAGAAAGUCACAGAGAAGUACCCAGAGCUACUGAAGUUACCCCAAGAAGUUUUUGCUUCUGACCCUUGUUCCAUGGCGCAGACUGCAGAGGUUCUCUACAGGUGUAGGAAAUGCAGGCGCUCUUUGUUCAGGGAGACCAGUAUCCUGAAUCAUGCCUUGGGCACUGGUGCUGCUGCAUUUGCUCACAAACGGCCGCCCUCACUACAGAAAGUUGACUCUACAAAAUGCACCUCAUAUUUUGUGGAGCCCGUUCAGUGGAUGGAAGAAGCUCUGCUGGGGGUAAUGGAUGGACAGCUUCUCUGCCCAAAAUGUAGCUCUAAGUUGGGCUCCUUCAACUGGUACGGGGUACAGUGCUCAUGUGGUCGCUGGGUCACUCCUGCUUUCCAGAUUCAUAAGAACCGAGUAGAUGAGGCGAAAACUCUACAUAUCCGAGGCAUACAGCAAAGCGACACAUAAGGACAUGGUGGGAAUGUUGAAAAUGGAUAAAUGAUUAAUACUGAGAAGAUAAGACCAAGUCUCAAUUGUUGUUGGGUUCCAGUGUGGCUGCUAAAUUCAGACAACGUUUAAUGUGGAAAGCUGAUGCUGGAAGCCAGAUUUUAUACUCUUGAGGCAUGUUCCAUACAAUGAUCUGCAUCAGAAAUGUUAAAUAUUUUGUCAUAUAGACAAGACUCUCUGCCCUUUCAUUAUUGCAAAGAAUGAAGUAAAGCAAAGUGUUCCUGUGGCAAGUGAAUUACUAUAGUGCAGAAACUGUAUUUUGGGACAUUCCCUAAACUUCCCUAUACUUCAAAAAAUGAAAAGGGAAAUAAUUUAUCCAUUCAUUUGGAAGUGUACUCAUAGAGGGAAGUAUAAAGGUUUAGGGCCAUGGACAGCAGUGACAAUUGAACAGAGUGCAUGUAGUGCUACAGACACCUCACCAGAAUGAGAAGGACAUAUGAGUCUUUGGAGAUCUAGUUGAUUUUAGGAAGAGAUGAGGUACAAGUGAAAACUGGUUAAUGGUGUUGUGCGCAGACAUAUUUGAAGCUUGGACAUUCAUGCCAAGAUUAGGUUGGCAAUUUCGCCAGUUUUGUCCAAACUGCCCAACUAGUAGAUUAUAUAUCUGCAGAUUCAUGUUGCAGAUGAGGAAGAGCAGUAUCAGCAGAACUGAGUAAUAUAAAGGUGCCUGCUUGGUAACCCAGAGCCCUCAGCCGAUAAGAAAUGUUACAUCUUGAAGAAAAAAAAAUGCAACCUACUUGUCAUAGCUAUAAAUCAGAACACAAUCCCUGAGAAGAAUUUGCCUCUAAGCUCCUUCAGAUGACACGCAGUAAAAAUGUUCCCUCUUGAUCAGAUCAGUCCUUGCUAAAGUGCCUGAGGGCCUCAAGUGUGUGAUUCUAAUAGGAGAAUUAUCUGUAGACUUCCAUAUUUUUAAUUGAACAAAUAAAGGAUGUGAAU